GUCAAACCAAGAAACACCUGACGAAAAGCGAGCCAAAUUUCGCAACCGUGCAAUAUUUUGUAAAAUAAGUUAUCGCGUCCUUCUGGCCUUAGCAUGGUACUUACUCGGUGCAUCCUACUAUCGACAAGCGCAGCGAAGCUUGGCGAUUUGGCGUUAUGUUCCGUCCGUGGACUAACAACCGCUGCGGCAACCGCAAACGCCUGCUACGGAAAAAUGUCCGGCUGGCAGAUCCACUCCUACGGGAAUCCGCAAGAGGAGGUGCAGUUCAGCGACGGUAUCAAAAUGCCCACCCUAAAAUCUCCAACUCAGCUGCUGGUCAAGGUGAAGGCCGCAUCAGUGAAUCCGAUCGACGUAGCGAUGAUAAAUGGAUACGGUGCCUCCGUAUUAAACACAUUACGCUGCAAGGAAGGUGGGAUCGAGUUUCCACUUGUAUUAGGACGAGAUUUUUGCGGUGAAAUCGUCCAGAAGGGUUUAGGCAUCUCCAGUCGCGAGCUCGAAGUUGGUGAUGAAGUGUGGGGCGUGGUGCCGGUGCACUUGCAAGGUUGCCAUGCGGAUUAUGUUGCGGUAGAAAAGUAUUGCCUAUUCAAAAAGCCCUCGAACCUCAGCAAAAUCGAUGCCAGCGCCGUGCUGUAUGCUGGGCUAACGGCCUGGUCCGGUCUCUACCUGACUGGACACUUGGGCGAUUUGCUCGGUGCAAUUUCACCGGUCGGUGGAGGACGCGGCAAGAAAGUACUGGUACUUGGUGCUUCCGGCGGUGUGGGUACUCUCGCGGUGCAGAUGUUGCUCGCCGAAGGAGUAGAGGUGUUUGCCACCUGUUCGGCCGACGCCAUGCAGUUAGUGAGCAACCUUGGCGUGCACUAUCUACUCGACUACAACGAUCCGACCCAUGUGCAGAGUAUUGCCAGUGUUGGACGCUUCGAUAUUGUGCUCGACUGUGCCGGCAAGGGGACCGAGUACGCUAGUGAAGUGCCCUGGUUGUUCGAUCAGUAUAUUACCUUUAAUUCGCCUGUCCUGAAGAACAUCGACGCGCACGGGUUCGGUGCGGGCAUGUAUCGAAAUGCGGCCGAACUCGUACGAAGUAAUGUGACCGCGCUCAACAGUCGCCAGGGACCGGUGAAAUGGGGUUACUUUAUGCCCGCUCCACAAGGUAUUGCAUAUCUACAGCGGCUGGUCGAGAAGGGAAAACUAUUGCCUAUAGUGGAAAAAGUGUACCCCUUCGCAAAAACCGUAGAAGCCUACGAGCGAAUCGAACAGAAGCACCUCAGGGGGAAGAUUGUUAUCGAUUUUGAGUGAGGAUAAACUCCCCGGCAACUCUACAUCUAGAACAAACCUGUUAAGGCGAUGUCGCUCGAAACGUGGUAGCAUUCAAAACGUAUUAGCGUCUUUCUCUCGCUGUCGUGUGUGAUUCUACUCUAAAUUUGACUACCUGAUCCUGUGUUCUUAGAACAUAACAUAACGAUUCGAUAAUCAAUUGCAUAUUUAAAGUAAUAAAUCAUACCAAUCGAUUAUCAACCAGU